GGUCAGAUCGCUGGUACAUGUUGCAGCAUGAUUGGUUGCCUGUCUGCAGGUGCUCGAUUCCUCUCGAGAUGGUAAUGCAGAGAUUCUAGUGGCGCGAAACAAGGAGUAACUUGGACGAAAGUAUCUCUCAAGACAUCGUUAAAUCUAGCGUUUGAAUCGUUUUGAGGAAACUCGUUCAUUAUCGACACCCUUUGUGCUGAAAUUGCAAUCAAACCGUCCAUGCUAAAGUUGCAGUAAUUGCUGAGAGAAUAAAUUAAGGCACAUCGAGACACCUAUACGAGAUGGCUACUCAAAAGGCGAAGUUUGUGAAUAAGCAGUUUAAUUCUCCCAUUGGUCUGUACUCGUCGCAAGCGAUACAGGAGACUCUGGACAAGCAGACUCAAAUUUUGGCCAACGGUGCAGUCGGAAUCGACUUCAACCAGUUGGCCAAGCCAGCGAAUCUACAGAACAGCGCGGUCCUACGUAUGCUUGAGGAAGAAGAAGCGAGACAGCGCGGUGGUCAAGCCAAUCUCAAGCGAGUAGCUUGGCCACCACCUCCAGAGGAUCAAGACUUCGACUUCGUGGAGCAAGGUCCCGUCCAAGCGAAGACUCGUGGAAUCGGUGAACUCGGCUCGUACCAGAGUAGUCCCUCGUCAGGUCCGUCACCCCAACCACCCUCGACGGUCGCACGGUCGUCGACUCAGAGCAUCGUCCCGUCAUCCCCGUUGCCGAUCAGUCCUGUCGGCACCUUGCGGCAGCCCUCGUAUUUCCAGCAACAACCAGCCGCUAAUAAGGGCUGGGCAUCGGUGACACCCCCGGCGACUUCGCCGUUGUCGCAUUCUCUACCGCCGAUCUCCUCCUGGCCGAGCCAACAGCAGCAGCAACACCAACAACAAGCUCAGCCCUUGCAGCAGCACCUCCAAGAUCCCUACGACCGAGCACCGCAGAGGCAGCAACAGAAUCAACCUACGUAUCACCCAUUAGCCCCUGCGGCGUUCGAGGCACCACCGUCCACUAUCAUCCUUCGUCCUCAGCCACCUAUCUCACAGGUGCCAGCACCGGUGUACCAAGCUCAACCUGCAGCGACCAAGGCCCCGGUGAGCGGCAAUAUGCGAGGAGAUCUCAAGUGGCCACCGGCGUCCGUGAAGGCGCAAGUGCAAGCCGAGAACCAGGCUAGGAUGGAACUCGCGAAGGGUCCCGUUUUCAGGCCGCGUCGAGUGCACAAGGACUACACCGGCUUCUUCGCGCAACACGCUCUGACCAACACGUAUCCGGGCUACCGGGCCCCGCCGGGCACGCAGUACUUCACUCCUGCUUACCACCACUAGCAAAUUGCAUCUCCGAGCAACUUGCGAAGCAUCGCCCUGAGCUCACCCGAGGCACUCCCCGAGGCAAUGGAUUUCACGUCGUGCGAGAUCGGUAGUCCCGAUCACGGGUGUUCGCCGAGUCGUCGCCAAAAUGCUCAGGACGCUGUGUUCGUGGAUCUGGAUUGAGAUUCGCGAGGAACCCGAGAAGCGUCAUUGCGAGUACCGUCAUCCUAACGUCGAAUCUUGGUCUUUUUGAAAAGGUCACAUUGCAAAAAGAAUCGCGAGUUCACACUGACGCGGAAAAAACCUGUCUGUGUGAACACCGGUCGAAUCUGUGUCGUUAAAUUUCGCUUUGCACGAUAUUUUGCUGCAACUUCUUCAUUUGGACUGUGAUUCUGCGAGAUUGUGCUCGUUGAUCUUCCAGAAUAUGGUCCGCGGUAUGCGAAACCCCUUCUUCUCCUUCUGCUUCUUCAUGCGCUUUUCGGGUUUUCAGAAAGACUUACGAUCCGGAUUUCGAAAGUUUAACGAACCUGUGCAUAACGGAGACUGAACAGUUGCCUUGAGCAGGCUAACGUUAAAUUAAUAACGAUCACUGCGGAAAAAAUCCGAAAUUCUUCUUCCUUGUGGUAUUCGUUUUAGAUCAUCACUAUUUUAUUCGAGCUGCAGAUUUACGGAAAUUCAACGCUGAGAUGAAAUUAAUGUUGCAAACAAUACAGGUUUACAAAACUAAUGCUUUGUCGUACGAAUCAUAAGAGUGGUGGAUCAUAAGCAACCGCUUGAGAGAUUUCGAGUGUGAUAGUGGCAGAUUGUACCUUCAUUACGAAAACAUUGACGAUACUGAGAAA